AUGCAAUCAGGGAAUGCUAUCCACACUGCCGGGGCCGACGGUGAACUAGGUGCCUCAGUUGUCCGAGGACUCUUGGAAAUGAAAAAUCUUUACCCAAAUCUUCAAAAUGUUCCAAUAUAUGCGGGGGUACACCACGAAACAAUACAGUCCUCAACCGUGCUGACAGAGAGGGAUGCUUUGGUCGUAGAAAUCGAUCCCGUGAAUCACCCAGAAUCUAUUGUGUACUCCUUAAAAAAGGUGUCAAAAUUACUUUUAUUGGUUGAUCCUUUGAGUAGAGAAAUAACACGAAGGGAUGCACUCGCCUUCGCAAAGGGGUAUAUAAAUGCAGCCAAAGAAGCAGGCGUCGAGCACAUUGUUUUUCCUACCCCCUUUGCAAAACUUAAUAUUCCAUGCUCUCCACCAUUAACGCCAACCGAAGAGACUGAUGAAAAAAAAGACAUAGAACCAGUCAGUCCCUAUCGAGAUCAAUUUGAGACCAUUGAAUCAUUGCUCAAGGAAAAUUUUCGACCAUCACAAGUUACCAUUCUCAGAUAUCCAGGAGUUUUAAAUCAACAUUUUCUAUAUCUCGCGCGCUACAUCACCGAGAAAUCAAAAAUACCAUUGAUCGACAACCCUCAUGUAAUCUUCGAAUGCUGUGAUAUUAGCGAUGUCGUAAGGGCGAUAUGUCAUAUUCUCUAUUCUCCAGUGCAACGACAUGGUGGCAAGGAAUACAAGAUAACAGGUCCAAAUCUUUUCACGAACAAUGAAAUCUCAGCUAAAGCAUCACUGGCUCUUGGUCGUGAAAUCGGUGUUGACCUUUUACCAAUUAAAGAGCUACGGCAGACACUUAUAAAUGCGACACAUGACAAAGAAGAAGUCGCUUACCUAUUGGACUUAUGGGGAUUACAGGGUCAGAUUGGGGCGGCACGAAAAGUCCAAGUGACACGAGAUUUAGAGAUGAUUACGGGUGGUACUGGAAAGAGCUUGAGAGAAUUCUUCGAAAAUAAUCGUUCUGCUUUUAUUUGA